CGUAUGUAUUGUGUAAUACAUGUAGCUACAUACGUGGUUUAUAUCGUACAAUUCCAUUCCGUUCGAUAGUGUUCAAUACAACAUACGCUUAUCCUAAUUGAUAACCUGGUUAACUACCUAUAUUAGGUACCUAGGUUAAGAAUUCAUCCAAGUCUCCAAGUCUACAUAGCAAUGGCGGAGCAUCCUUCCUUCACACUGGCGGCUUUGCUUGCCGCUGGCGGGACUGCUGGAUUCAUCAGGACGGGCUCGAGGCCGUCGCUUAUCGCGGGUCUGGGAUUAGGAGCGUCUUAUGCGCUUUCCGGCUACCUCAUAAAAGGCAACAAGGACUACGGCACGGAGCUCGCGCUAGGAAACAGCAUCGUCCUGCUGGGCUCGGCCGUGCCGCGCGUCAUCAAGACUAAGGCCCGCGCUCCGGUGCCCAUCGGCUUGCUGGUUGCCGGCGCGCUUGCCACGUUCUACUACCAGAAGAAGGUCCGGGAGUUCCGGUUCGGCGUGUAGGGUUUGAAUUGUUUAGGAAGUGGGUAUGAAAGAGAGAGAGAGAGUGGUCCCUCUCUGAAGAAACCCGGGUUCGGCUGGUUAUCGAUCGAUGUGUAAGGUAUCAGAAAAACGGUGGGUUUGUAUGAUAGUAGGUAGCUAAUUGUGUAUCCCUCCUCAUGCAAACAAAGAACAGCUCGACCGAGUUUCGGCUCACCACGUGGAUUUCAGAUUCAGGAACCACUUUGCAUCUUCACAUGUUCACGGCUUUCAUGUAGUAGUAGUAGUAGUAAUAAUAGUA